CAACCCUUCAGCCCACAGGCCGCCCCCGCUCUAUGCACUGCGCCACACCAGCCGGGGGCACAGCCUGUCUCCGAUACCUUUUCACUGUGUGUCUGUCUGUCUUGCCGCUUCUCACCAGGUCAUCACGCCUGAGAGACGCGUUGGCGGCGGCGGCCCCGGGGGCACCCACCCCAGGCGCGGAGAGACGAUGGAGGCCAAACCCUCCCCGGACCCCAAUGCGCAACCCUCCUCGUCCUCGUCCUCGUCGCCAUCGUCGUCGGACCUCAAGCUGGUGGCGCACCCGCGCGCCAAGAGCAAAGUCUGGAAAUAUUUUGGCUUCGACACGGACGCCGCCGGCUGCAUCCUCCAGUGGAAAAAAAUCUACUGCCGCAUCUGCCGGGCCCAGAUCGCCUAUUCGGGCAACACCUCGAACCUGUCCUACCACCUCGAGAAGAACCACGCCGAGGAGUUCUGCGAGCUGGUGAAGAGCAACACGGAGCAGAUGCGCGAGGCCUUCGCGUCCGCCUUCUCCACGCUCAAGCCGCCGCCGGACACAGGGCUCAUCUGCGAGGGGCUAUACCCCGCGUCCAUCGUGGAGGAGCCCACGUUCCGCGCGCUCCUGCGGGCGGCGGACCCCUGGUACGAGCUGCCCGGGAGGAAAUUCUUCAGCAAAGCCAUCCCCGUGCGCUACGGAGCUGUCCGCGAGGCGGUGCUGAAAGACCUCUCCAAGGCCCCCUGGUGCGCCAUCACCUUGGAGCACUGGAGAAGCCACCAGCAGAACCGGAAUUACGUCACGCUGAACGCCCACUUUCUCACCGGCAUCGAGGCGCUCGCGGGCCUCCUGCAGCCCUUCAAGCAGGUGGCGGACAUGCUCGGCGCCUCCCGGUACCCCACCAUCAGCAUGGUCAAGCCCCUCUUGCACAUGCUGCUCAACACCACGCUCAGCGCGCAAGAGCUGGACUCCAAGGAGGUCAGCCUGGCCAAGGAGCUCAUCGCGCAGGAGCUGGCGCGCACCUACCAGGAGGCGCCCGAGGUGGACAUGUUCCUCAACGUCGCCACCUUCUUGGACCCGCGCUACAAGAAGCUCCCGUUCCUGUCCGCCUUGGAGAGGCAGCAGGUGGAGAGCCGCGUGUUGGAGGAAGCCAAGGGGCUCCUGGAAAAGAUCCAGGAAGGCGGGCAUCAGGAUCCUAAACCCUAG